GCAAACUGAAGAAGUUCUGUAACUCCAUCUCUGUGGGGGCAUUUUUGGAUGAGGGUGACGAUAUCAGCCUGGAGGAGAUCAAGAACAGGCAGAACGCUGCCCUCACCUGUAUUUCUUCUGUGUGCUCCAAAGAUGGCCUGCAGGGGGCGGUAGGGGGGCUUGAGUUUCACAUCCUACCAGUCUCGCACAGUGCUGACCUCAUCGAGGUGGCGGCGGAGCAGGAUCUACUGCUCUCCAGCAGUAAAAACGGCCUGAGCGAGCAGGGCCCCGGGGACAGGACUCCAAACGGGGACAAAAUGUCCCCUCGCAUCUGCGGUUCAUCAAAUUCCUGCAUUUUGUCACCAAUCUCAAACCUAAUGGCUGAGUUUGAGAGGAUGUCUCUGCUGGAUGAGCCAGAUAGGACAAACAGGGAGAGAAGAAGAAGUGGAGGGAAACGUCACAGAGACGCCCAGGCCACGGAGCUCACCUCUGGACUGGGCCGCCUCUCUUUGUCCUCGGAAGACGACUCCGUGUUUGAUAAAGACAUGACGUCUGCAUUACGAGCAGCAGAGAAUGAUGGACUGGAGAGAAGAAACGACGUAGAUGCGAGGUCCAGUGCAAGUUCAGAUGAAUACUUCCUGGCCAAUGAGAGGUUAGAACCUAUGAACCAACGGACUGUAGAGACUCCAGGGGGCGAGCGCACGAUCUGCGCUAGAUCAAAGUCCUGGGAUCAUGGGAGAAGAGACCUCAGCUCCUCCGGAUCUUCCAGCUCCUACAGAUCACUUGACAGUUCUCAGGACUUCAUACUGCGGACUCCUCCUAGAGUGACGAAAAGACUCUUCAUCGAAGGGGAUUCGCCCACCAAGUUGGACAGAGAGGUUUUGUCAGCUUUAGGAGGCACAGACAUUGACCCUCUGAAGCAUCCCGGCAUUCACAAAUGGAAGAGCACAAUUCAGGCAUACUCCCACUUAGAAAUGCAAAGCUGGCAGACUCCUGCGGUGUACAAGAGCCAUUUGAGGGCUCAUUCAGUCACCCCUGGCUCUCCAGCGGGCAGCUUGAAGUCCCCCGCGGGUCGCUUCAGUCCAGCCCGUCACAUGAGCUCACUGGACGUCUGCAGCCCAGCACACUCCAACUACAGUCCCGUGAGCUACAUCCAGCGGAUCCGACUCAAACAUUUCGGCGACGCCCCCAUUUAACACAUGCUCUCCAUCCCAUCCGGCCCAAUUUCUACCAAUUAGCUACUGAAAUAAUAAGCGAAUAUGGGGAUGAAACGUCACAGAGGAGAACGGUGUCACAACGGAAGCCAUGAAAUGCUCAAAUUGGACUCCUAGUGCCGUGCAAACCGCAGAAAGGAUCUCGCAACAGGCCGUCCUUCAGUUUCUAUGCUCCUAGGUUCGUAGAACACAGCUCAAAUAAUAAUAUGCACAUCUCCCGGGGGGUUCCCGAAUCAUAAUAGAAAUAGAAAUAUUCGGUACUUCUGUGUAUGAUACCCAGUGUGUUGAUCUGUGAUGGUCGUAUAGACUUUUUCUAAACUUUUUUUUGUUUUUUGUUUUCUAUUUUCUUUCUUAUCUCUCUGUGUGUGUGUGUGUGUGUGUGUGUGUAUGCUUGGGAGAUGUAUCUGUGGAAUUACAAAACUGUCUUGAAUGGAAAUGAACAAUUUCCCACUUAACACAGUCAUUUAAAUUCGGGGAAAAAAGAUGUCCAUGUAUAAACACAGAAACCCAGAGCUAAAUUAAAAUAACAUAGUAAAUUAUUGAAUUAUUUUUGCUAGUUAACUGUCAGUAGCACAAAAUACUAAUUUUAAUGGUUUUUAAGGUUAAAAAAGAAAAACGUCAUCUGACUGCCAGGAGUUAUUUUUAUUCCUUGAUUGGAGAACUGCCUUAAAUUUCUAAAA